AUUUGUUCAAUUACAACUCUUUUCAACCAAUUAAAUAAAGCAAAAUGGUUUUAACUGGAAAAAUCGUAUUAGACAACAAUAUCAAGCACAUUUUCUCAGGUGAUGAUAUAAAUCUUACAAUAGAGAUAGAAAGUCAAGAAGAUAUCUUUAUAGAUGAAAUACUUCUCAAUUUUCGUGGCGAAAUUAAUGUCAAAUGGGAGGAUUUAAUAAAUAAACCUAAAGAUGGUAAAAUCAUCUAUAUCAUGCAACAGUUUCAAGGUCAACAAAUCUGUGCAGAUAAACAUAUUACUAUCAAAAUUUUCAACAUACUUAGCAGAGGGAAAUAUCGGUAUAAUAUCAUGUUAAGUAUACCUCCUCAAAUACCGCAGAGUGUUGAGAGGAAAUAUGGUUGCAUCAAAUAUUAUUUAGAGUUGCGUGUUUAUCACAAAUUGGGAAUGGAUUUUGUAUAUAGAAUGCCUCUUGUUAUAAAACAAGUUUUAAAUAUUUGCUCUAAAUCGGAGUAUAAGCAACCUUUUCGAACUGUAUUCCAAAAAUCCUACUGCUGGGGCUUCUGUAAUUCUCAACCUCUUCAGGUCAUUUUAAAUCUACCCACCUGUUCCUUUGUAGCCGGCGAUUCUAUUAAAUAUUUUGUUUCAAUACAAAAUUGUACAAAAUUCAUGGACUUACAGCGCCUUUCAGUUAUACUAACACAAACUCAACACUAUAAGGCAUUAAAGCCCAAAGAACGUAUUAAACAGGUCCAUACUACCCUUAAUCUUAUGAUGCAUCAUUUCAAUAGACAACACCAUAAUAGAAAGUUUGAAGGUUCUUUAAAAUUGCCUCAUACCCUUAUACCGACAUCUCAAGAAUCAUAA